CAGAGGUGGGGUGGCGCGCGGCGCGCUCACGCAGCCUGCGAGACGCGCCUCCAGCAUAGAUGCUCGCUCGCAGUUUACUCGGUGCGGUGCGGAGACUCGAAGGGAGACGAGGAGCUGCACACUGAGCGUAUUGCCUAUGCCGCUGAGGAGCUGGCGAUUGCGGGAGCGAUGAGACACAUGAAUCCCUCGCUGGGCAGCAUGACAUGAGACCUGCCGUCCACCACUUUACCCCCUAGUGCUUUGGCCCCUCUUUAAUCCCAGUUGCCUUGCAGAAUAAUUUACGCGCAAUCUAGUCAUAGACAGGUUGGAGGUGUUUGCUUGUAGCAUACCAAUUCCUCCUGGGAUUUUGUUUUUUCUCUGCUAAUAUUAUCUGACCGGCAAGAACGAUGGCUUGGAAAGCGGGACUGCUGCUCUUAUGCUGGGGGUUGACGUCUGGCGAAGUUGACGUCCAAGCAGCGGAACCAGAGAGCCCCUCAUCUCCAGCAAGAACUUUGGAUUUCGGCUACGUUCCAGCCGGAGUUUACGAGACCGUGGCCCACUAUGAGCCGGGGCCGAUAGGGAUUCUAUUCCACAUGGUCCAUGCUUUCCUCUACGUUGUCCAGCCCAAUCCAUUCCCUGAAGAUCUCGUCAUCAGAGUGGCAAAGGAUAAAUUUGGGGCAAUCCAGUCAGAGUACCAGAAGCCAGAGAACAUUGUUCUCACUCUUCAGGUGAUCUACUAUGAGAUGGGCUUUGUGGUAUGCGUGCUGCUGGGGGUGAUCUUCCUGGUCCUGAUGCCGCUGGUGGGCCUGCUCUUCUGUCUGUGCCGUUGCUGUGACAACUGUGGCGGCGAGAUGCACCAGCGGCAGCGCAAGAACGCCGACUGCCAGAGAGGCCUGCUGGCCACCCUGCUCUUCUCCACCUGCAUCGUCAUUACUGCUGGAAUCCUGUGCUCGUAUGCGGCCAAUCAGCACCUUAGUUCCCAGCUGAAGCAGAUGAGGCGGUUGGUCAACAGCAACCUGAGGGACCUGCACACGUUUGCCAACGAGACGCCCACUCAAAUCGAGUACUUGAUCUCCCAGUAUUCCACCGCUAAGAAUCAAGUGCUGUUUGACCUGGAGAACAUCGGGCCACUACUGGGAGGGAGGAUCCAUGAGGAGCUGGGGAAGGAGGUGCGACCUGCUCUGGACGGAGCUCUCAACAUGGCUGGAGCCAUGCACGAGACGAAGGAGGCCCUGGAGAACGUCAGCAUGACCCUGGAGGUGUUGCAGGACGGGGCCGGGAAGCUGCGCUUCAACCUGAGCCUGGUGCGCUCGGGCCUCAACACCUCGCUGGACGACCCCGUGUGCACCGUGCCUGGCUCGCCCGCCGCCAAGGUCUGCAGCCGCGUGCUGACCUCCCUCAGCCAGCUGCACGUCGGAGCCAACUACUCCGAGUUGCCUGGCGUUACUCCUCAGCUGGAGAAGGUCAACGAGGCCCUGAAGACAGACCUUAGCGGCAUCGUUCAGAAGGGGUACUCAUCUUUCAAUGACACCCCAGCCCUGGUGGCGGAUCAGACUAGGAAUGUGGUUGAAGGUGUGCGUGACAUGCUGGAUGGCAUUGGCACGAACAUCACUGGUUUCUCUAAGCUGUUCCCCAUGCACAACUCCCUGACCAACUUCACCAUCCUCAUCAGCCACGGCCACUCCCGGAUCGAGGACUUGUACCCCGAAAUCGACCGCUACGACUUCUACAGGUGGACAGUGUGCAUCACCCUGUGCUGUAUGGUGGUGAUGGUGCUGGCCUUCAACCUGCUGGGCAUGCUGUGUGGCAUCCUGGGCUUCGACCGCCAUGCCACCCCCACCACCCGCGGCUGCAUCUCCAACACCGGGGGCAACCUGCUCAUGGCGGGCGUUGGGUUCAGCUUCAUCUUCUCGUGGAUUCUGAUGGCCGUGGUUGCUGUCAGCUUCUUGGUGGGUGGCAACGUGGAGAAGCUGGUGUGUGAGCCCUUUCACACCAAACAGCUGUUUAAGGUGUUGGACACCCCUCACCUCAUCAUGCCUGCCUGGAAGAACUUCAUCCCUGGCUACCUGUACAAUGACCCCGAGAUGGACCUGACUGUGGAGAGCUUUUACAGUAACUGCAAAGAAAACAGGGGGGUCUACUCCGCUCUGCAUCUGGAUAAGAUCUUCAACGUCUCUGCCUUCCUGAACACCAGUGUGUUCACAGAGGACGUGGCCCAUGUGAUUGACGGCGUGAAGGUUGACCUGAGGGGCAUCAUCCUUCUGGAGUCGGAGGGCAAAGACAACCUGGUCCGCUUCACCGAGACUGGUAUCGGCGACAUCAAUUACGCAGACUACCUGGAAGAGGUUAACAAAAGGGUCACUCUGGUGGAUCUGCUGUCGUUCGCCAAGGAGCUGGACGCCCAAAGCGAGGAACUGCCGAAGGGCUCCCUGCAGACGUCCCUGAAGGGCCACGCCAGCACCCUCCGCCAGAUCCACACCCAGCAGGUCCUCCCCAUGGAGCAGUCACUGAAAUAUGUUAGAGCGAGGACCACGCUGAGCCAGAGCAUCCGCAUGCUGCAGAUGACCUCCAGAGAGCUGCCUAGCAAAGUUUCUACCGUCUUGAAUACCAUAGAGGCGGCCCAAUAUCUUAUCUCCCACAAUGCAACUUUCGUGGUCAGUCAGGAAAUAGAGAUAUAAACAAACCAUUAUUGGAUACUUCCGGCAGUACAUCAAUUGGGUUAAGGCCUCACUGGCUCUGGAGGUGGCCCCUUGCAAGCCCUUCAGCAACAUUGUGGACACGAUGGAGAUUGUGGCCUGCAGCUUCCUCAUUGACUCGAUGAACACCUUCUGGUUGGGGCUGGGUGGUGCCACUCUCUUCCUGCUGCCCAGCUUGAUCCUGGCCGUGAGGCUGGCCAAGUUCUACCGCAGAAUGGACACGGAGGACGUCUACGAUGAUUCAAUCAGUACACUCUGGCAUUGAGUCUUUGGAUUCAGGCUUCCUCAUUUCCCAUGACCACUUGCACGCAUAGACAAAGCUCCGAGUGUCUUCAUCAACACUUGGGGAUUUCCACCUUAGAAGAAGCUCCACGGAGGAGCCAAUGUCGCAGACUCCAGUCAGAUUCACCCUCCUCUGUGUCGCUCCUCACCCCUGUCAGACGGGCAUCUGUCUGUCUUGUUUCGUCCUUUCGUCGCUUGUUUAGUAGGAUGCCCGUCUCUGCCACACGGGCGUGCCAGAGGGUCCUCGCCGUCUCUGCUGACAGUGACACUCUCACCUUUGACUUGAAGUGACUGGUGAACUUUGACCUUUCAGAAAGAGGCCUGUGGGACCCUCUGAACUAUCUUCUACUGCAUGUUUCUAUGUUUACAAAUAGUCCAGGGCUGCACAGAGUCAGGCCACGCCACGCCUGAAAAGGGUUGACCGUCAGUGACAUAUCUCAGAUUCUGUGGCUUAACGCGUAGAGCGCAUUAGGGCAUUUUUGAGUUGCUUCCACUGGUUAUUUUAUGUUCCUUUUUGUUUUGAAGCCAUGUCUGAAGCACACUGCUUGUCUCUUUAUACUUAAAUUGUUUAAUUGUUUACUGA